AUGGCGGCCUCCUCUUCUGAUGUUGGCGAUGGGGGCCAGCUUACCUCAACCAUGAUAAACGACAUGAAAGAAAAGAUUGGUCAGGAACUAGAGGCGGUGAGUGUGGUGGUUCAGGACAUUUCAGGUGAUGGCCGGCACGUCAGUAUCGAUGUCGUUUCGCCGGUGUUUGAGGGGAAAAGUAGCAUGAAUCGACAACGGAUGGUGUACAAAGCAAUCUGGCAGGAGCUGCAGGGGGCCGUGCAUGCUGUAGACGCAAUGACAACCAAAACGCCAACUGAAGCAGGGGUUGGGCAACAACCACGGCAAUGAGAUUGCCGUGCUAAGUGUGUAAGUGCUUUCUGAAGUGAUGGCCAACGCUCAUGGUUUGUAUGAGCAGGGCAACAAGGCUUUACGCCAUUCUCUAACGCGAUAGAUAGAUCCAUGGCCUAUGUACAGCGACAUGCCUAGAUUGGCCUACGAUAAACAGGCAAUCUCCUUUCGUUUGCAUGCUGUUUUGGACAAUCGCAUGAUUCGAACGAUUUCAUUCCCGACCUCAGUGCUACGCAGGCAUCCGCUGCUAAGGUGCGCCCACCAUCAGCAUAUAAGGUUGCAUAACCGAACUGAAGCGAGUUCAU